GCUUCAUCUCUGCAAUCACUACUCCUCGAUCCUCAUCGUUUAAGCAUCAGAUACCGGUCUUCUAGCCAUCAAUCACCGCAAACAUGGUCUCAUUCCGCAACUUCUUUACUGCCGCUGUGGCUCUCUCUGUCCCUAUCGCCGCUCAGAUUACGCCUGCUCAGGUUGUCUCCAACAUCCGGAUGGUGACACAGAAGAGCCAGGCGCUCCAGGCACCAGCUCAGAGCAUCACUAUCAUUAAUGGUCCUUUGAUUGUCAUUGGCCAGGGACCGUUUCCCCAGAUCAUCGCGGGCUUUGCCGACAUUGUGUCCACAGCCACCACUGCUAUCAGCCAGAUGCAAGGAAUGCCUCCCGUUCCAGCCGGUGUUGAUUCUGAUGCUAUCUUCGACGCCUUCCGCGAAUUUGUCCGUGUCCACCAGGCUCUGCUCAACAUACUCAUCGGAAAGGCUGGAUUGUUCAAUACUGUUCCGUUCAUUGGCCAGCCCUUAGCAGCUGUGCUCAGACAGAUCGAGAAUGUUGUUGAUACUAUCGCAUUUAUGUUGAUCGAUGCCGUUGAGUCACGUGCUUCUGACUUGCAGAACCAAGCGAACUCUCUCGACGGAACCUUGACCAUAUGCAUCAACAGCUACGAUGGUCUUAGCACUAAGCUAAAGGCAAAGCGCAGCCUCAGGUUCGCACGCCGCGAGAUCGCCGCCGCUGCUUAAACAGGUGCUACAUCAGAGACAAGCAGUUCAGACGGUACACAACAGGGGAGGUAGCUGUGAACAAGGUGACGAUGGGGUUGUGAAAGACUGUCGUCAUAUGAUGUGGGGUUCACAAGGUCUCAGACGGUCAUUACCGCUUACUUGUACAUUUUUGUUUGAGCACUGCACUCUUAGAUAG